CCACAUAAAUCACCUGAACCUCACAUGAGAAGUGGAAAUUUAAACCAGGGGUUAGGAGCAACUGAAGCUGCAGCAGCCGAAACAAUGAGAGAGGUCAUAAGGGAAAACGCUGUUGAUCAUAGCAAUGAGAAAUUGAAAUUGUCUCUUCCCAAAAUGGAUCCCCGUUCACUUAAACAUGAUGCUAGCACCAAAUCGUUUGCAUUUCCAAUAUUGACAGGGGAUGUAGAAAAUUGUACGUCGAUAAAGGGGAAGAAACAGCAAUCAUUGCAGCCUGAGACGCCCCAAGCAUCAGAACCACAGACUCCAGUACCACCACAGAGCCCUAAAGCAAACAACAAAGCAGCCAGUCAGGCGAAAUGGUAUUCAUGCUUCUCUUGUUGCUCAAUCUGCUGAGGAGGGGCAUUAGGGGACCCCCGGAUGUAUAUUCAUUACUCGGUCUUGAACAGAACUCAGUCCUCUCUCAUACAAUUCUUUUUUUUUUUUCUUAAUUUUCUUUUGUAGCUUUGCAGUUAAUUAACCUCUUCUCUUGUUGAUUAGUACAUCCAAUCUGAUGCAUUUCCUAUUCUUUGCAAUUCACACCAUUAAUGUACACAGAUUCUCACCGAAUGUAUGUGUCAGG